UGUAGUGGUGAGGCGGAGAGCAACACAGAGGGAAAUAUAUAUUGUGUUUUUCUGACUGUGGUACACUGACAGUGUGAGUCACUGUAUCAGAGUGUUUGAUGGCAAUGAGCUCAUUGUACAGUAGUCCAUCACGCGUCUGACUAGCUCCUGCUCUCCUCAUGCUGGGGAGAUUUAUACAAAGCUUCAUCACACACUCUAAUCCAGCAUUCAGGAGUCCACAGUUCAGACAGAGUUCAACAUAACAAGAUUGUCUGAUCCUCUGUAUCAACAAAACAAAAUUAAAGCCCUCUCAGUCUGUCAGUAUGAAGGUGUUAGAGAUGGGAGACUCAGUGAGUCAGUUCAGGUUGGCUGAGUCGUGUGUGGGGCUGGCAGGGUGUCUGUGUGUGGCCUACUCUGUUUGGACCCCUUGCUGGCUCAAUGACCAGGGACUGUGGUCUAUAGGCAACAACAGCACCAACACAGACAGUGAUGGUGACCAGACUGGGGGCAUCAUCUUUAACGCCCUGGAGGCAGAGCAAGUGUUUGGGGUACUGUCCUUCUUCAUGGCUGUGAAUUCGGGGGCUCUGUGCCUCGUGUUCGCCCUCUGCUGGACAUCCCAGACAGUGCGCUCCUACUCCAACACCCGUUCCCUCCUCAUGUCAGGCCAGGCCCUCUACCCCACCGUCCUGCUAAUCCUCACUCUGGGACCCACAGGAUUCUUUUUCCUCCUCAGCUGGUCCCUCUUCACCUACCAGCACCGGGCAGAGAUCAGCGAUGACUUUACCUGCCUGGGCUCCUCCUUUUGGCUGGGCGCCCUGGGCUGGGCCCUGCUAUUGGUUGCUCUGCCUGUGGUCUUCCUGGUGGAGCAGUGUGUGGUCCCGGACAUCCUGCCAGAUCUCAUGAAGGCCGCUGAAGGGUGGCGGGGCGCUUCCCAGGUACCGUACGUCCAGCGCUUGUUCACCGUGAGUCACCAGCAUUGUCAUGAAGACCAGAGUGAUGAAGACGUUGAGAGAGGGCUGAGGAGGUACAUGUCUGUACCCUGAGAGGAGGAAUAGAGAGGACACAGGACAGUGAUGGUGUAUUAGUGUAACCUUCUUCAGGUUCAGACACUGAGCUGACUGCAGAACUGGACUGGACUGAGCACACAGCUGAUAGGGGUCCAUGUUCACUAGGGAGAGGAGCUUCUAGUCCAUGUCUGUAUCAGAGAUUUCUCCACUGUAGGAGAAUGUUCACAGAAGCACUCUGAAAAUAUGUAAUAUUAGACAAAUAAAAUAAAAUGUUGUUGGUCGCACACACAUAUUUUGCAGAUGUUAUCGCAGGUGCA